AUGGCAAUUUUUGAGGAGAGAGAAAAUGCUGAUAAUCUGAUUUGUGAAGAUUUCUGCAUAUCUGAAAUUACUCUGAUUAAUGUAUUUGAUUAUAGAUUUUCUUAUACAUUUUCAGAAAUUUUGAAUAAUGCAUUGGAUCAAUCGAAAGAAAAUGAUGUUGAUGAUGAUCCAGAAUCUUAUGUGGUUGUUGGUCAAGAUUUUGAAGAACCAGUUUCACUUGAGGGUAGUGUAGUUAAGGAUGAUGAUGAAGCGUAUGAGUUAUACAAUAGUCAUGCUUUUAGGAAUGGUUUUGGUACUAGGAAGGGUAAAAAGGAGUAUAGGAAUGGUACCAAAAUAGUUCGGCAGAGGUUCUUUGUUUGUGCAUAUGAGGGUUUUAAAAAAGCUGAUGGUGUUGUGCCUAAAUGUUACAAAAAAAUUGAUAGGAGAACUGGAUGCAAGGCAUCAGUUCAGUUUGAUGUUGAUAAGAAAACUGGAGUGUAUGUUCUUUCUAAACACUCUCGUGUUCAUAACCAUUCAAUGGUUCCUGCCAAUAAGAGAUAUCUUAUUAGGUCACAUAGGAACAUAUCAAAAGAACGGUUGGCCUUCCUUACUACGUUUAGUUGUAGUGGUACUAAGCUUGCUGAUGUUCUUCGAGCAAUGAGGAAAGAAGUAGGUGGUGAAGCUAAUUUAGGAUUUACUAUUCCUGAUGCAUAUGAUGCUGUCAAUGCGGAGAAAAAGAAUAAGUUGGAUGGUUGUGAUUCAAAUCAAUUGAUUAGGUGGUUUGCAAUGAGACAAGCUAAUGAACACGACUUUUAUUAUGAUUUUCAACUUAAUGAAUUUAAUCAAUUGACCAACGUUUUUUGGAGAGACGGGAGAAUGCGGUCUGAUUAUGAAGCAUUUGGGGAUUUAUUGAUUCAUGAUACAACAUAUCGUACUAAUAAAUACGAUAUGAUUUGUGGUCCUUUUGUUGGAAUGAAUCUCCACACUCAAAAUAUCAUGUUUGGAGUUGGGUUUCUUUUGAAUGAGAAGGCAGGUUCUUUUGAGUGGCUUUUUAAUUCUUUUUUGGUAUCUAUGGGUGGGAAGCAACCGGUUACCAUCAUGACGGAUCAGUGUUCUGCCAUGGACAAGGCUAUAAGUCUUAUGACUGAUUACAAUUGCAAGACACACAAAUGGAUAGAGAGAUUAUAUGAUUUGAAAGAGAAAUGGUGUCCUGCAUAUAACAAAGAGUGGUUUUUUUGGGGUAUUUUAUCUUCUCAAAGGAGUGAGACGACAAAUCAUUCUAUUUCUAGGAGGUUGCAUAAAACGAACGGUUUAUGUGAUUUUUAUAAGUGUUUUUUGGAUGUAAUUGAUGAAUGGAGAAGUAAGGAGAACAAGGGAGAUUAUAAUUCUUCUACUGGAAAUAGAUAUUACGCAUGUGCGGAUAACAUGUUAUUCUCUAAGUACAUUGUUGGGCAUCCUACAAAGGAUUUCAUUAGACAUGUUGUGAAGUUUAAUGAGCAAGAGAUGGUUGUUGAUUGUACUUGCAAGUCAUAUGGAGAAAUAGGAAUUCUUUGUUCUCAUAUUCUUCGAGUUUUCAUUGUCCAUAAUGUUGAAGAUAUUCCCAAACAAUACAUUAUGAAGAGAUGGACCAAAGAGGCUAUGAACACGAUUGUUGAAGAAGGAGAAGAUAGAGAUAAUAAAGUAAGUGUUGCUUCUGCUUCAGUUUGGAGGAUGCAAAGCAUAAGAAAUUGCAUUAAAGUUAUAAAUGAAGCUCAACAUUGUCCGGCUGCAAGGAAGCUUAUUGAUUUGGGUGUGUUGGAUAUGUCAUGCAAAGUAAAGGAGUAUAUUGGUGGUGUUGAAGGGGAUGGUAAUGUAUCAAACAAGUAUGUGCGUGAUGAAACUUUACUUGAUGUCGUUGAGCCUUCAACAGACACAGUUUUGCCGGAUGUUGUGAAACCGAUUGCUGAAAAAUUCAUUCCAACAAUGAUUCAAAAUCCACCAAAGCGAAAGAGGGAGAUUAAGAACGGGACUGAAAAGGCUAAUGAGAGGAAUGUGAGACCUAAAGGAAUUGUUGAGAAGAAACGCAAUAAACUGAAAGGUUGGAACAAGAGAAGAGAAAGACAUGUUGAUAAUUUGAGGGAGGAAACUCAGUCUACUGAUCAGUGUAUCAUAAAUUUACCUGUUGGUGGGGUUUUGGUUCAUCCAACAUCUUCAAAUUCCCAAUUGGAAACAUAUGUUCCAGAUGAUUAUUUUGGAGUACACAUACAUCCUUUGUAG